AAAUAAACCUCCGAAUUUAAAGCUCGAAAUCUACGUUCCAGAUUUCUUUCCAUCUCCUUCCCCAGAUCCAAUACCUGAUCUCCUCCAUCCCUCCAACCCACCAUCCCCCAUUUCCAUUCAAAUCUUUCUCUCCGACAUCCUUCAACAAUUCAAAAACAACCUCAACAAAUCCAUGCACUCCACCAUUUCCUUCCUCCACCUUGCCCUCCACAAGAAUUGAUAAAUCUGAAACCCCGAAAACAUGUCGAAGUUCGUCACGGUCGGAUUAAUAACAGCAUGGUACUCGUCGAACAUCGGAGUUUUGCUGUUGAACAAGUUUCUCCUGAGCAAUUACGGGUUCAAGUACCCGAUUUUCUUGACCCUUUGCCACAUGCUCGCGUGCUCCCUCCUCAGCUACGUAGCCAUUUCGUGGAUGAAGGUCGUUCCCAUGCAGAGCAUCAAGUCACGCGUCCAGUUCUUCAAGAUAUCGUCCCUCGGUCUCAUCUUCUGUUUGUCUGUCGUUGGCGGGAACAUCUCGCUCCGGUACCUCGCCGUGUCGUUUAACCAGGCCAUCGGCGCCACCACGCCGUUCUUCACGGCUGUGUUUGCGUAUAUUAUGACUCUCAAAAAGGAGGGCUGGGUCACGUACGUUACUCUUAUUCCGGUUGUCACCGGCGUUAUCAUUGCCAGCGGGGGAGAACCAAGUUUUCACCUGUUUGGAUUUAUAAUGUGUAUUGGUGCUACAGCAGCAAGGGCACUCAAGUCAGUGCUUCAAGGGAUACUCCUCUCCUCUGAAGGGGAAAAGCUGAAUUCCAUGAACCUGCUCAUGUACAUGGCUCCUGUAGCCGUGGCAAUCCUUCUCCCUGCAGCUCUUUUGAUGGAAGAGAACGUAGUUGGAAUAACAAUUGCACUUGCAAGAGAUGACGUGUCAAUCGUCUGGUACCUGGUGUUCAACUCCGCUCUUGCAUAUUUUGUCAAUUUGACCAACUUCGUGGUAACCAAACACACUAGUGCCUUGACUCUCCAGGUGUUGGGAAAUGCAAAAGGAGCGGUUGCAGUGGUGGUUUCAAUUUUGAUAUUCAGAAAUCCGGUUUCAGUGACCGGAAUGCUCGGUUACGGUCUCACAGUAACAGGGGUCAUCCUCUACGGCGAAGCCAAGAAACGAGGGAGGUAGAU